GGCCCGCCUCGCUCUUGCUCCAGAUCUUGCAGACGGCCAGGUCGGUGCAGCCCUCGCCCUUGGACUGGAUGGUGGUGGCGUUGCCCAGGUAGAGCACAGUAAAGAAAAGAAAUUCCAGCGUUGCAGAGAAUGGCACUUCAUCAGGAUUUGGAUAAACGCUCGACAAAAGGGGAGCGGUGAAAACAGAAGAUGCUGCUGUGCACAUAAAUCCAAUGGCUUAAGGUGACAUCUGACACCUACACAUGGUGUGGCACUCCUGUGGUUCCUUCUCCCCUCGAGGUGUUCUGCUGAACCACAGCUCCUCAGACCCACGCCUGCCCCAUGCUUCUUAGCAGCUGCCACCUGCCUGAGCAGUGCCUGCGAGCUGCAAGGCCAAGAGCAACCCCAGCCACUCCUCUGAGACGUGUGGGCAUGGCAGUCUCCCCGUGGAAGAGGGAGUUGCCUUGCCAAAGCCCUGCCUGCCUCCAGCUGUAGGCAGAGGAACCUGUUUUGGGCCUCAGGCUGGAGGCUCAGCAGGCAGGUGUUUGCUCUGGGUGGGAUGGAGCGGGCAAGGAGCCCCCCACACCUUCCUGCAGUGCUGCUUCCUGAGGGAGAGUAGAGCCAGGGGGCUGGUGCUGGUACACAGACGCUUCUGAUAAUGACGCCCACAGAACUGUUUGCAGAGUCACACUGGGCUCUGCCAUCCCAAUUGAAGUGAUCCAUGUUCAGGAAUGAAAACCUUAAAUUUUCGCAGCAUGGCUUGCACAGGCUAGUGAGCCCCAUGUCUCUGCAACAGCCCUUGGGCAUACCUGGCUGCAAACCCCAGUGGCAUGUAAAGUGAGGAGGAACGCUGACCCCCUUGCCCUGCCCACUGCCUCCCCAGCCCCAAGGCAGCAGCACUACCAUUUCUGCACUGCCUUCUUCUGUGGAGGUUUAUCAGCCCCUCCACUGGGGACUCCACGUGGUGACUAGGGAGCAGCAGCACCCUUAGCAUACCUGCCUCUUGGAAGUGCAGCUUUAGGGAAGGCGACUUAUGGUUACAUCCCUGCUCGAGGAUGGAAUCUGUCUCAGCUCAGUUCCUCACCGUCCUUGCUCACCAGUCAGUGUACCAGACCACUGCAGCCUUUCUUGCUUUGUUAAUGGGUCUAGUUAUCUUCAGGUUUGUCUCUUUCCUGCUGUGUGGCAACUGUUUCAGUUCUGGAUGUGGAUGAUUGCCACAUGCUUCAGCAACUGAAGAGCAUAUUGCAAAUCGUGAUGGUCUGUAACAGCAAUUCCUAAACAAAAUGCUGACCACUCCGAGCCCUGUGCUGGGCUGAGGAGUUGUGCCACAGCCUUUGGAUGAAAUCUGGUAGCAGGGAGCAGCCCAGUUAAGUUUGGGGCACCUGCUCCAAGUGUGGGGCUAUUCCAGUGGCGUUGGAUGUCUGUAUUUCACUGCCAGGAGGAGAAGCUGAAGCACAAGCCUUGCAGGGUCAGGACAUGCUGGCAGCACCCGUGAUGUGUAGGACAUGCACGCUGGGGGCUUAUCUGCAUGGCACUGUAGCCUGGGGGAGUGCAGCAGCCUGCUCUCUAUUUAUGCAAUAUCCCAGCAGCGACUGAGCAUCACCUGCCUGGUGUGCACGCUUAGAAAGCUUGAGCAAGGCGUGGGAAAGUCUGUAAGAUACCAUCUCUGCCCUGCAGCCCAGCACUGGCAGCACAGUGAGUGCUGCACUUGGCCCUUGGCAGACCCCACUCCCUGACCCACUCCAUCCCUCUCCUGCCCUGCCCACUCCAGUCUGCACUGGAGCUUGUAGGCUUUGGGGUGCAUGGUGCCCCUCUGAGGCACAGACAGGUGGCCAGCUGCCCACCACCUCUGUUGGAGGGGGAUGGCCAGGCUGCCCAUGCUGGAUGCCCUGCAGCCGUGUGGGGAGAUGCCGGGGCCUGUCUGAUGGAAGAGGGUGAAACCCUGCAGGGAGCAGCCCCACUUCAUGGAUGACUUUUGUACCUAGCAGCUGGAAUUGGAGCUGCUGUGGGUCUCUGAUUGGGGAGAGUAGUGGGAAGAGGUGCUGGGGAAAGUUGAUAUGACAAAACCAAAAUAAUUCAUGGGAAUGUACUGAUUUUGUCAGUGUAUGAAAACUUAUCAGGUUUUCUCCUCUCAGGUAGCAGGAGAGCUUGUUGUGGUGCAGCAGCUGAAGUGCAACAGUCAAAGUGAAACAUUGCAUACCAGCAUUUCGCUCCACGCCAGCGAGGUGGCCGCCGAGCGCGGCCCGGAGCUGCGGUCGGCGCCCGAGCAGAGCCCGCUGGAGGAGUUCCUGGCCACGGCCGAGCUCGCCGGCACCCGCUUCGUGGCCGAGCGUCUGAAUGCCCAGAUCGUGUCUGCCCAGAGCUGCACGGGCCUGCUCACAGCCCAGGAGGCUCAGCGCAUCCAGCAGCUGCACCAGGAGAACCAGGAGUUCCUGCGCAUCCCGCGGAGGCCACGCUGGGAUAGGACAACCAGCGCAGAGGACUUGAAGCAAGCGGAGAGGGAAAGCUUUCUUGAGUGGAGGCGACAGCUUGCCCACCUUGAGGAAGAGAAAAAGUUAAUUCUAACCCCAUUUGAACGAAACUUGGAAUUUUGGCGUCAGCUUUGGAGAGUCAUUGAAAGAAGUGACAUUGUAGUCCAGAUAGUAGAUGCUAGAAACCCCCUUCUGUUUAGAUGUCAAGAUCUGGAAAGUUACGUUAAGGAAGUCAGUAAUGACAAGGAGAACAUGAUCCUGAUCAACAAAGCAGAUUUGUUGAGUGAGGAGCAGCGGGCUGCUUGGGCACAGUUCUUUGAGAAGGAGGGUGUGAAGGUGGUGUUCUGGUCAGCAUUGGCAGAGUGUAAACGGCUGUCUGGAGAAGCAAAGGUACUGUGGGAACAGGACGCUGAAGGUGUAGCAGAGCACCCGAGUGAUUCUGAGGAUGAAAGCUCCAGUCAAGAAGAAGACAACACAGCACAAGGUAGCGCAGAAAGCACAUCCACAGACAGUGCUUUGCAAACUGUAAACCAAGUUCUGCUUAGUGAUGAUGACAGCAGUGAUGAAUAUGAAGACUGUGAAGAAGAUGAAGAGGAGGCCUGGCAAACCUGUUCUGAAGAUGAAGAUGAGGACAGCAUAAAUGCUAUUGCUCCAGAGAGGAUGGGAAACAGGACUGAUGGUGCUGCAGUGAAGCAUGUAGUGCAAGAGCAGAACAGGAAUGUCAGGAACUUCAGCCAUCUAGUACAGAGAAAUGAGCUGCUGGAGAUAUUCAAAACCAUGCACGAUGGACCAAGGGUGAAGGAUGGGGAAGUAAAUGUUGGGCUGGUGGGUUACCCUAAUGUUGGCAAAAGUUCAACCAUCAACACAAUCCUUGGAAACAAGAAGGUGUCUGUGUCUGCUACACCAGGCCGUACAAAACACUUCCAGACCCUGUAUGUGGAGCCUGGCCUGUGCCUUUGUGAUUGCCCUGGUCUGGUGAUGCCAUCUUUCGUCUCUACCAAGGCAGAAAUGAUUUGUUCUGGAAUUCUGCCUAUAGACCAGAUGAGGGACCAUGUCCCACCUAUUUCUCUAGUUUGCCAGCAUAUCCCACGAAACAUUUUGGAAGCAACCUAUGGAAUAAGUAUUAUAAGGCCAAGGGAAGAUGAGGAUCCAGAUCGAAAGCCAACAGCUGAAGAGCUGCUAACAGCAUAUGGAUAUAUGAGAGGCUUUAUGACAGCUCAUGGACAGCCAGACCAGCCGAGAUCAGCUCGAUACGUGUUAAAAGACUAUGUCAAUGGGAAGCUGUUAUAUUGCCACCCACCUCCUGGUAUUGACCCAAAUGAUUUUCAGCACCAGCAUCAAAGAUGCCUGGAGAGCAGAACUGUGCAGGCCCCUGGACAGGUGAAGCCUGAGAAGAAUACCAAAGCAAAGCAGAUUGAAAAUGUGGUGGACAAAACGUUCUUCCACCAGGAGAACGUCCGUGCCCUCAUGAAAGGGGUCCGGGCUGCAAUGGGAUACCGGCCUGGCAGCGGCCUCGUGCCUGUGACUGCAUCCAAUCCUGGGAAUGUGGUAGGAAAGCCCUGGAAAAAACAUGGAAACAGGAACAAGAAGGAGAAAAUCCGCAGGAUCACCAAGCACCUGGAGGCUUAGCUGUGGCACCAGUACUGGGCUUUUCCAGGGCAGGGACUGCACUGUCCCACAGGCCUUAAUUGAGGGGUAAAAUAAAACAGAUAAGUGGGCAUCACUAGCUCACCUGGUAGCUCUGUGCUGUGGAUUGGCCUGGGCAGGGGUAAGGGUGGGCUCUGGUAGUUGGAGCUCAUCCCUACUGGGAACAAAAGAGACCUGGCUGUUUGUGUUAUCUGGAAGCCAGCCCAGAUGUUUGACUGCUGCUGAAACAUCCUUUCAAUGGGAGCAGAUGGAGCCAUGCGGGAGUGUUUUUUCCUUCCAUAAAGGAUGUAUUUUAUGGCUGUUGCAAUCAAAGCAAGCCCUGUAAAUCUGACUAAAAUCUUUAUAAACAGUUGAACUUCAAUGAGUGAUGUUUGUUACAUUAUGAGACACUAUUGCUCAUCUCCUUUUUUUUUUCUGUCUUUAAAGCUGGUUUGUUGAUUUGACAGAACACUUUAGUGUGUUGAAAAAUGAGGUAAAGUGAUCUUUAUUGCCCUCUUCCUUCUCUGCUGUGCCAGACCUAUUCUGUAGAAUCUGGUACUGAAACCACUCCCAAUUUCCCAGCUUGAGCAGAGCAUGGCACACUGUGCAAGGAAAAUGCUUAUUUUAUGUCCUUCACGCUGAGCUGGUAUCAGUUGUUUUCCUGUGUGACUUCCCACUGGUAUUUUAAAACAUUAGCUCUGUUUGACUGGCUAAAAAUCUGGUGCUAAUUUGUCCUUAAAUAUAUUUGAGAUUUUACUUCCUA